UCGCAGUUUGGAGGAUGAAGACCAAUAUAUAUAUGAAUUACAUCGACGUCGCCAUGGGCUCCAGUCCCGUAAUCAUGGAAGUAACCCAAGUAUAAACAUUCAAAUAGAGUUAGAACUAGAAUCUAUUCGAACUGUCAGGUCCAUCAUACGUUUAAAGGAUAAUGGAGCGCUACAAUGUUGUUUGGAAGCACCUGUUAUCCCCGAGCACAGCGAUCUCAUGACACCGCCUUUGCGGUUCAUCGAAGAAGCAAACAAAAAUAUAGGCAAAACUUAUAGAAAUGAUAAUCCGAUGGUAUCGGAUAAUGCUGAUGACGAUUCACUGUCGGCAAGUACAUCUAACAAACCAGAUAACUGUGGUACACAAUUGGAAUCGGCUGAAGAUAAAAAUGUUAGUGGAUUACUACCAAGUCGAAGCAAAGGCAACAUGGAUGAUGUGGCCGAAGGCUGUAGUAAUGAUAAAAUAAAUGAAAAUGAUGCAGCUAGUGAUGCUAGUUCGGUUCCGUCCUGUGUAGAUCAUGGCAUUAUUGCGCCCCAAAUUAAAUCCAAGGAUGACGAAGGAUCAAUUACAGAAAAUAUCCAGGUUAAACCUGUUAUUACAAAUCUGAUGAUGACAUCUGUUGUGUCAGUUGAUAAUAUUUUUACAACUGAUUCCAGCACGGACGUAAAACCGAAUAGUGAAACCACAGUUCCAGAAGAUUUUAUGAUAGCGGUCACUGCUGAUGUCAAAUCACCGGAUGAUGACGUUACGCAUUCCCUUGAGAAUAAUUGCGUAGAUGAUUCUCCCGAUUCAACCAGCAAAUCUCCCGAAUCUCCGGAUGAUAAGAUACCGGAAGUCAUCGUACGUCACACUGAAGAUCAAUCUACUAUGGACUUACAGGAAAAGGGGAGCCCACUAGACAAUGAUUCAUCGGAUCAUGCACAGGACACAAAGAUGAAGAUCGAUGAAACACCACUCACAGAUGCCUUGAAUAUAUCUUCACCGCUAACUUCCAUGACUACGGAACCGCUUGCUGUAAAAUCUACAGAUGAUGGUUGCAAAACCGUAGUUGAAAUGACAGACAAUAUUGCGGUUGAUAUUAAGACUAUAGAUGAACCGAUUAUUUCUCCUCCCGAGGUGCUGAAGUCAAUAGAUAUUCCGGAUGAAACUGGCUUAUUGUCUACUGUUGUAUCACGUAAAGCUGGUGAUCAGCACUCUGAGUUACUAUCUGUGGAUUCUGUAUCCAUUUCAAGGGGGGAGGACGAGCCUAUCACUGACCCUGUUGUAUCUUCUAGUAAAAUACCUUCCGAUAUUGAUGAACUUGGAAGUGUUCAUCAGUCGACUGAUCAUGUGGAAACAAUGGCUACUACCGGUAAUGAUGAUAAAAAACCUUCUAACGAUACAACAGUUGUUAGCCCUUUGGAUAGUGAUGACCACAGAGAAUCAAUAAAUGACGUUGUGUCUCCGAUGUCUUCGUUGAGUAAUACUAACGCAAUGAUUAGCCCAGUUUCUUCUACUGAUGAGGAGAUAAUACACAGUGACGUAAAUCACAUAUCUGAUGUCGAUACAGAUGUAAAUGAGACGGUUGGUACGCUUCCGAAUGACGCCGUGAUGGAUGAAGAUAAGGAUGUGCUUCGCACUGAUGCACCCAUAAGUGAUGCAGAAACACUAGUAAUGUCACAUACAGUAUCAAUGGAUGCCACAAUGGAAAACUCUAUACCUUUGGAUGCGCCUGAACAUAUUGAGGAUAGAAUGCAAGAGGCAUCAAUUCCACGCGAGGAGAACCCCGUCGAAGAAAAUGCUAUUACGGAAAUCACCGUAUUAAACAACGAUUCAAAACUGUUUUCUGAGUCUGCAUCUACUCUAGAUACAGUGGUAUCAUCGGAACAAAAUUUAUCUCCUACAAUUGCAUUAUCUAGUAGCACAACAUCCACGGAUAAAGGGGAUAAUAAUGAAUUAGAGUACACGUUGGAUUCCGCGAAAACAGUUUCGUUGGAAGAGUCAAACCAUUCAUUUGGAAAGGCAAAUACUGUUGCCACUGAUUCUAUUGUCAACCGACCAGAGAUUAUCCCACGUAGUUCUUUCUCUGUCGCUCUUGAUGACGAUGAUUCUUCUAACAAAUUACACUCUAAUAUUUUGAAUGGUGAAAAUACGGAAGAAACAAUGAACAUUAGGAAACUAUCCUCUAGGAAUUCCGAUAAUAGUGUAAGUGCAUCAUCGCCAUCUGAAAAGGGAUUACAUUCAGAGGGGGAGACUGACCAUCCCGAACCAAUAUCAUCGUUAGCUAGUGCUAAUUCGAGUACAUUUGAUGCUUCUGAUUCAAAUGUUCUUACUAUUCCGCCUUCUACUUGCACGGCAUCCGAUGUAUCUUCUCCUGGCAAGACUGAAACAAUGAUGUCAACACAGAUGGACAACUUAUCGGUUAUUAAAUCUGAUAACGGAGAAAUCGUGCAUGAAGUAGCUGAAGCACAUCCCGAUGAAUUGAAGGAGGCUAAUAAUGAAAUCAUUCAUGAAUCACCUCAACCUCUUGAUUCAGAACAAUUUAAAACUAUCGUAACAAAUACGUUGGCUGCAGAUCCCCAUCUGGAUGUAGAUUCGGGUAAUGUACAGCCAUCUAAAUCUGUGGAAGAAUGUGAUCCAUCUGUCAACUCAAAGGAGAUAAUAUCUACAUCAGACCUAUCGGAUUCGGGAACUGAGGAAGAACAUUUCGCUAAAUCUAAUGAAACAGAUGGUUGUGAUAUUAAACCAGAAAGUUGUAUUGAACCUUCUACUAGUGAAUCUCAUCGUGAGAAUGAUACCUGUGAGCCGGCAGCCAUUGAGAAUGACGGUGAUGAUACUACAGUACCGUCGAAUAACAAUGCACUGUCUACGCACACCGUCAGUUUAGAGGCUACGGAAGAACCAAAUGAUGAUAUGAAGAAUAUUUCAAUUGACGGUAAUGCCACUGAUAAUAUGAAGAUACGUUCUCUUUCGGAUAAAGACAAGGACUCUUCUGAGCCAGGUGCCAAUACAACAAGCGUUGAAGAUUCAACCAUAAAUAACCCAUUACCCGAAUCUUCAGAUGGCAACCUUAGCAUGGAAACAUCACAUCAUGUGCCUCUGGCACUAGAACACUCAACAUCAAACAAUUCAUCAAAUGAAAUAGCGGCUGAGUUAUCCGUCACAUCAAAUACUACAUUGGAAGGUGUCGAUUCUGUGGUGACAGUGGAUGCCUAUGAAAAAACACAAAUCUCGGAUGAAACGGAAAUGAAGCGUUCUAAGUCAACGGCAAUGGUGGACCAAUCACUGGAGUCUAUGAAAGAUGGAUCCGUGGAUAACGCUUGUGAUUCUGACAAUACAAUGGAAGAUGAUAACAGCAACGAAAAUACGAUUAGAGCUAACACAGUCCCUGUUAACAGUGAUAAUGAUACAGUGGAGAACGUUGCUUUGCCCUCUGUUAAUGCAGAUACCGAUUCGAUCUCAGAUUCUGGAGUAAGUUCAACAACCUCAGAUGCUGGCGGAUUACAGAAUGCAUUAUUACCAGGCGGUGAUGAUCUUCCAUCUACUGUUAGUAACGGUGAUAUGGAUACUAGUGUAGUUCCAUCAUCUGAGGUUUCAACCCCCUCUAUUACACCGGAAGCCGAUUUGGUUGAUACAUCACCUGUAGAUGCUAUUGAGGAUGACUCACAUACUGAUUUGCCGAUGGCAGAUGCUUCGACGGGUUUAUCAUUGGAGCAAACUGAAAUGCCUGAUUCCACACCAGACAGUGAAUUGGAAGAAUCAACUCCUCUUGCCAUACAUACACCGACAAAUGGUGGUAAUCAAAAUGAAUUGAUCAGCUCACCAGGUAUUUCAGAUGACAGCUCAUCGGUUGUAGCACUGUCGAAUGAUGGCUCAAUUACUCCUUUGGAAUCUCGUCACGUUUCACUCACACCGCAGAGUGACGUUUCUUAUGUCAAUGAUGGAUCGAUGGGUGAUGGUACCCCCUCUUCUGAUGACUCUUUUCCAUCGUCAGAUAUGUUAGAAUCCGACGCUUCAGUGGUGCAUGAUAUGAGACAAAUGGUGGACGUAUCGGAAAUAUCAUCGGACCAUUCUAUAGAAGACAGCGUGAACAUUGGGGAUGAGCAUGAAAAUUACACUACACAUACUCCUGACCUGUCUGCUAUGAGCGAUGACACUGGCUCUCCAGUUGAUAGCGAUCACAUUCCAAUUGACUCCAGUGAUGAGCACUCUACACUUGAAGAUACUGCUUUGAAGGACGAACAGGUUUCAUUAAAUGCAGAGCCAUUAAAGACCAUAAAGAGUGCGACAAGAUCGGAUACAAAUGGGACGACUUCCAGCGACGCAUCGUCCGCGGUGGUCCAUGACGAUUCGGUAAACGGUGAUGGUAGCUCUCAGACAUACACGUCAUAUAUCAUGUCGCUGUUUUGAGCUUCAAGUAUAUACCCUAGAAUUUUGAUU